UCGGGGAAUGAAUCCUCUGGCCGCUGGUAGGAGCAGGAGACCGGGGCAGCAGCAACACAUCCCGCCGCGGACAGCGCUCACCUGCCGGCACCAUGGCAGUGGAGGAAGAGGGCAUCCGGGUCUUUCAGAGCGUCAAAAUCAAGAUCGGUGAAGCAAAAAAUCUUCCUUCAUAUCCCGGGCCGAACAAGAUGCGGGAUUGCUACUGCACUGUGAACUUGGACCAAGAGGAGGUAUUCAGAACUAAGAUAGUGGAGAAAACUCUCUGCCCAUUUUAUGGUGAAGAUUUUUAUUGUGAGAUUCCCCGUAACUUUCGUCACCUGUCCUUUUACAUAUUCGACAGAGAUGUUUUCCGGAGGGAUUCCAUCAUGGGUAAAGUUGCGAUACUUAAAGAAGACCUCCAAAAGUACAACAACAGGGAUACUUGGUUUCAAAUGCAGCACGUGGAUGCAGAUUCUGAAGUACAGGGAAAGGUGCACCUCGAGCUGAGGCUGAGUGAAGUGAUCACAGAUACAGGUGUGAUAUGCCACAAGCUUGCCGCACGAGUGUUGGAAUGCCAGGGGCUCCCCAUCGUCAAUGGCCAGUGUGAUCCAUAUGCUACUGUCACUUUAAUUGGACCAUCACGAUCUGAAGCCAAGAAAACUAAAGUAAAGAAGAAGACGAAUAACCCACAAUUUGAUGAAGUGUUUUAUUUCGAGGUGACCAAGCCUAGUAGUUACAACAAGAAAUCCCAUUUUGAAAUAGAGGAAGAUGAUGUGGACAAAAUGGAGGUUAGGGUUGACCUGUGGAAUGCCAGUAAUCUCAAAUUUGGGGAUGAGUUUCUUGGAGAACUUAAGAUUCCACUAAAAGUACUUCGUCAGUCCAGCUGUUAUGAAGCAUGGUACCUACUCCAGCCCAGAGAUAAUGGAAAGUCAGGGAAACCAGAAGAUCUUGGCUCUUUAAGGCUAAAUGUGGUUUACACCGAGGAUCAUGUCUUUUCCUGCGAGUACUACAGCCCUCUUCGCGACCUUUUGUUAAAAUCUGGCGAUGUUGAGCCCGUUUCAGCAUCUGCUGCACAUGUGUUGGGCGAAGUCUGCAGAGAAAAACAGGAAGCAGCAAUACCUCUUGUUCGACUUUUUUUACAUUAUGGCAAGAUUGUGCCUUUCAUCAGCGCAAUUGCAAACGCUGAAGUGAACAGAACACAAGAUCCAAACACCAUAUUCCGAGGGAAUUCAUUAACGUCCAAGUGCAUUGAUGAGACCAUGAAACUGGCAGGAAUGCAUUAUCUGCAGGUUACACUUAAGCCUAUCAUAGAUGAGAUAUGCGAGUUACAUAAACCUUGUGAGAUAGAUCCUGUAAAAUUAAAGGAUGGUGAAAAUCUGGAGAACAACAAGGACAACCUGAAAAAUUUUGUUGAUCAGAUAUUUAAUGUCAUUACAAAAUCAGGAGUGAGCUGCCCUACUGUCAUGUGCGAUAUUUUCUUCUCUCUGAGAGAGUCUGCCUCCAAACGCUUUCAAGGUGACCCCGAUGUAAGAUAUACUGCUGUGAGCAGCUUCAUUUUCUUGCGGUUCUUUGCACCUGCCAUCCUGUCUCCUAAUCUGUUUCAGCUCCGUCCUCAUCACCCAGACUCCCAGACAUCUAGAACCUUGACACUCAUCUCCAAGACUAUCCAAACGCUGGGCAGCUUGUCAAAGUCAAAAUCUGCAAGCUUCAAAGAGACUUACAUGGCUACGUUUUAUGAGCACUUUAACGAACAGAAAUAUGCAGAUGCUGUUAAAAAUUUCCUAGAUCUGAUUUCAUCAUCAGGAAGAAGAGACCAUAAGCGUAUUGAGCAGCCCAUUCUACUUAAAGAAGGGUUUAUGAUUAAGAGAGCGCAAGGGAGGAAACGGUUUGGUAUGAAAAAUUUCAAGAAGCGCUGGUUUCGCCUUACAAACCACGAAUUCACGUACCAGAAAAGUAAAGCAGGUGAUCAUCCUCUCUGCAAUAUUCCCAUUGAAAACAUUUUGGCAGUAGAAAAACUGGAGGAGGAGUCGUUCAAAAUGAAAAAUAUGUUCCAAGUAAUUCAACCAGUGCGGACCCUCUAUAUCCAGGCAAAUAACUGUGUGGAAGCAACGGACUGGAUAGACAUUCUUACCAAAGUCAGCCAGUGUAAUAAGAAACGCCUCACUGUCUAUCACCCCUCAGCCUUCCUUAAUGGGCACUGGCUGUGCUGCAAGGCUACCUCAGAGAAUGCCCCUGGAUGCACUCCUUGCACUGGGGGUCUGCCUGCGAAUAUACAGCUCGUCAUAGAUGGAGAUCGUGAGACAGAACGCAUUUACUCACUGUUUAACACCUACAUGACUAAAUUGGAAGAAAUGCAAGAGGCCUGUGGGAGCAAGGCUGUGUAUGUUGGAUCUGACCAAGAGGAGUACAGCUGUUUCCUAAUUGAGGACCCCCGUGAAACUUAUAAGACACUAUGUCAAAUCAUAGAAGCUGUUAAAACAUUACAGCAAGAACAUGCUCAGUACAAAAGGGAUAAGUUUGAAAAGACAAAGUAUGGAAGCCAACAACACCCUAUCGGCGACAAGAGUUUCCAGACCUACAUCAGACAGCAGUCUGAGGUGUCUGCACAUUCCAUUUAGCAUACCAUAGGACACCUAUUGAGAAUCUCGGAAGGAAUUGAAUCUUGAUCUUGAAGAUGUAAACAUGAGGAAAUUGUGGUAUUCAUGUCGGGAUCAGCAAUUUACCCACUUGGUCCACUUUACUUUUUCUGUUUGUUUUUAGGACUGUUACAAUAUUUGCUAUGCACUUUAUUCAUCUGAUAGCAGAUGACAGAACAUUUUUAGGUUUGUUUUUAGCCUUCCCUUAUGUUUUACUCCAUGUGACUGGUGGAUUGCACCAGGUGUGGAACACUUGCUUCUUUCUUCAUUGCUCUAUGUACUCUGGGGACCCAUCCAAAGGGAAACAUACUGUGUCUGACUCUGAUCUGCGCCCAACAAGAUACAUUGAAGGUCCUCGAUUCUUAAUGUCAUCAUCACAUGGAAGCACUGAUUUACAGAUUGUUACAGUCUCUUCUGGAUCUGGCUUUUUAAGCCCAAUGAGGCAGAGAUGUUUGAUUACAACUGGUUUGCUGCCCCUGUCUUCACAUAACCUUUUGAUAAAGAAAUGUCCCACAAAUGAUCUAGAGAUGUUCCACUUUGGAUUACAGAGCUGGUUCGCAUAGGAUUACAAUGUCUGAUGAAAUAUCCCAUAAUGGUAUUCUUAUUGUGAUGCACAGUGCCAUACAGCAAAUUCACAGCUAUAAGAAAAUUGACUUUUGUGAGUCAUGCAGGGGAUUACCAGGAGGAUUGAAUGAAGUAUUCCCACUCUCACUUAUGUUGCUGGCCUGAAUCUUCAAAGGAAGACUCGAGAUCUCAAAAUGUCUUACUGCACCCUAUGUUUAUAUAUAUUUUUAGUCUACAGUUAAACCUAUCCUGCCAGUUAAUGUAUUUUCCUAAAAGCCACUGCCUUUGGUGUUGGUGCCAUGCUAUGUACAUAAUGAACACUUUGUCAUGUUCUUUCCACAAAAACAACUCUGCUUCUAACCUUUGAAUCAGGUACAAGAUGAAAGCAAAAUCACUCCUAACAUUGAUAUUGUAGCACUUGAGUGCCCCCCUCUGUGCCAAAGAACUGACUGUAUGUUUGCUUAUCACCAUCCAGUAAUUUUGUUUGGCAUGUUUCAUUAUUAAGCAAAUUAAUUAGAUGUUUGCUGCUCAUCUAGCCUGAGGACUGCAAUACCUGAUUUACCAGUCACUUGCAAAACGUCUUCACAAAAAAAAAAAAAAAAGCUUAUUAAAGAAAAGAUUAAAAAAAAAAAAAAAAAAAAACUAAAUCAUAAAAAAAGUCUCUGUGGUUUCUGGAUAACUUUAUUAAUAUAAGUUGAAGAUGGAUUUGUGAAAACAUAGCCUAGCCACAGGUAUAAUGCCUUAGUGCUUUGAAUAAGCGGUACUAUAGUGACUCUGCACUAUCUUACUUUGCAAGUGUUGGGUGACCAUAUUUGGAGGAGAGCCUUUAUUAUUCAUUCCAACAAGAACACUUUCUCAGCAUUAGAAUAUGUUUACUGUAUAUUACAACACGUAAAAAUAAUGGAAGUAUAUUGUCCACAUACUAUAAGAUUCUGGUUCCUUUUUUGGGAAUCUGCUUCCCCAAAAUACAACCAGGUUUCUGACAAAUACCCAGUGCAUUUGGCCAUAAUUUUUUGUUUUUUUUGUUUUAUUACCCUUACUUCAUGUGGGGUGCAGGGUAAGGGGUGGGUAGACCCUGUAUUUGUGCUAAGGUAUAUCUUACAUUCAGUAAUACUUUUUAUCUGCCACCAUUUAUGUAAAGAUGGAAUGAAUACCUUAAAUAAUGUUAUUUCUUUUACACACUCUUCCUGUUUUUUAACUAUCUAUUCAUCCCACAUUUCAAAGAAAUGUUAAAUUUUUAAUUAAUUUUUUUUUAAAGAAAAAAAAAACAUUUUGUAGUGUAGGUGUUAAAAGGGGACAUUGUAGGUCAUAUUAUGUUUGAACAAUAAUUGCACUGUCCUACGUGAAGCAACCUUUUAAAAAUAUAUUAAAUGUAAAUGCAGGCUUGAUACUUUUGUAUUGUUACUAUCCCUGUAUCCUUUAGUAGUAUUUUUUUA